GGCGCAGCGGGGAGCGGCGUUCCCACACUGACGAUUACGCGACACACGGAAUCGGAUCGCAUAAAGCGGAUCCGGAUCCCUGCGAGAAGGAACCGCGGACCGUGUUCUCUGGAUCGUGGAGAAAAAGAAGUGAUGGUGGUCAAGUCGGUGGUGGUGAUGAUGUGAUGCCGGAGGUGAUGACAUCAGCGCACAACUGCAGACUCCAGAUCCCACAUAGCGUCUCCUGCGGAUAGAGUGUCUGGUUCAGAACAAUUCACCCGAUCUACACAGAUCAUCUGUUCUGGACAGAACAUCCCUUCUGGACCGAAUGAUCGGUCCGGAUAAAAUGUACGAUCCAGCUGGCUCACCGGUUCGCUCACCGGUCCGCUCACCACCAAACUCACCGAUCAGCUCACCAGCCUGCCACACGGCUGGCUCACCCGUCCACUCGGCUGGCUCACCCGUCCACUCGGCUGGCUCACCUGUCCACUCGGCUCGCAUCGUAGUAAGCUCCCCAGCCAAACCACCAGCAGUCCACUCGCCAGUCGGCCUGCCGGUGAGCUCGCCGGCUCGCGAAAGUGAUGAGGAGGCGGCGGUGGCGCCGUGGCCGGACGAGGAGCGGCGCCGAGUGCUGUUUGCGGCGUUCAAGGCGGCGCGCGCCGUGAACCCGGCCGACUGGGACGGGCGGCUGAGAUUCUGGCGCGAGCGCAUGGUGGGCGAGGCGCGGGCGAGCGGCGACGCGGCGCUGUCGCUGGCACGGCUGCAGCACCGCUACGCCGACCCGCGGCCGCCCCUCGGCCUCGCCACCGUGCUGCGCGAGAUGAUGCGGGAGGGGGCACUGGUACGUGAGUCGGAGAUGGGGGGGGGCACGGGGCAUGGCUGGUUGUGGGGGGCUGGGCGCCUGGCCCUCACUCCGCUGAGGUGGGCGCGCGACUCGUUGCUCGGCGGUCGCGGUGACGUGAUCGCUCCCGACGAGUGCCUCAUUCUGCCCAGCGUCGUCGAGGAGGCGGCGAGUGCGGUGCUGGCUUGGCGGGCUGGCCGGCCCCACGCUGCUGCGGUCGCUGUGAGGUUGAGCGCCGUGGUUGAGGCGGCCGUCUGGCCAAAUGAGGCGACGCUGUGCAUGGCUCUCCGAGUCCUGCAGCAACGGCAGCAGCUCACCACACUCACCAUUGACGGCGUGGAGGUAGUGAAGUUUGCGGCGCCAGGCGCGGUGCACGCACCACCGCUGUCUCCUGUGGACGUCGGCGUCAUGAAGCUGGAGAUGGCGCAGGGGCUGCUGGGAGCGCGGGCUCACGCUCAGAGACAGAGAGCGCACACGCUGAAGGAGGAUGCUAGGACCCACGUGCGGGAGGGAAGCAAGCGCCAGGCACUGCGUUGCCUCCGUGCGUGUAAGCGCGUGCAGCAGCAGCUCGAUCGCCUGGAGCAGCAGCAGGAGUCGCUGGAGCAUCUCCUGGAGAGCGUGCACGCGGCACACACCGACGCCAUGGUGAUCCAGGCUUUUCAGGCCGGCAAGGCUGCUCUGCACAAAGUGUUACAGUCGGGCCCUGACACAGAUGCGGUGGACGCCCUAAUGGACGAGAUCCAGCAGCUCAAAGAGGAGCAGGAAGAUGUGAGUCAUGCGAUUUCUCAAGACAUAUCCGGAACAGACGACUUGGAGCUGGAGGAGGAGCUGUCAGCACUAUUGCUGCUGGAUGAGGCACCCCCCACCGCCUCCUCGACGCUCCUGCCGGAGUUACCAAGAGUUCCCCAGGCCAGCCCCGAUUGCCACGGAAGUGAUGUCGCAGGUCGCAUGUCGGAGCGGCUCCUUAGCGACGUGGAGCUGGACCUGUCGCGGCUCCAGAUCCACGGCGACGUGGCCCGUAGCCACGGCAACAUCACAGGACUGCAGGCGAGCGACCGUCAGACUUCCGUCAUGGAUGCCCUGUGACCUCCGCCCUUGCUUCAUUUUGUUUCUGCAUCUCCCCGUCACGGAGCGGUGCACCACGGGGGGUGCCUGCACCCUCUGGCCCUCCCAAGGCCCCGCAUCUCACGGCCCCCAGAUGACGGGGGGCUCGAUCACUCUGUGCCUCUCCUCGUGCUGAGCACGGCUGCAAAGGCCCACUGCGGCAAGCCACCAGCGGCAAGCGGCACUGCCAGAAGGCACGAUAGAUCAUCGUACCUGCCUCUUUAUUGAAGUGCCACUCCACAGGAGAAUGCAGUCCCGGCAGCUGCGAGAGUUUGAGUACGAGACUCGCACACACCCCAUUGUAAUCCUGAUUGUGCUACUCUUGGCUUCGCAUCAUCGCUAAAACAAAGGAUUCUCUUUGGAAAUCUCGCAGAGCUGCAGGGGAGUAGACCCCCCUCACAAAUAGAGAGUGGCCCUGUGGAAGAAGAUACAACGGAGCUACAUCCGAGAGCCUUUUCUUCAUGUGGCACUCUGGUCCACACACAGUAGAGGGCAACACCGUUUUGGUGACCCAGGUGGCUCUUGCAAGAGAGAACUCUAACCCCCCUGUCUCCUUGAGAUCUCGCCCGGGUCAAACAAAAUCAACCUGACUUGACCUUGCUGCCCGCUCUGCCACAGAGAGGCAGUGUCCGUUGUGUGGCAGUCAAACCGUAAAGGUUUAUAUUUACGGGAUCUAACCCAGAUAACCUAUAUUAUAGAUGAUAUUAGUCGCGAAACCCUACGUGUAAAACAGAGCUGGAAUUCAGCUAAAUUGAGUGCAGAGCCGCACUUGUUUUCUGUGUGUGCAGUGAUUGGUAAUCGGGCCAAGGUCGAGGGUUGCCACCUGUCCUGGUUCUUCCAGAGAUUUCCUGUGUUUGAGGCAGCUGCUGAGCAGUGAGCUACGAGAGAAGAGAGCUGUGAGUGAUCAUCCUGCGUCUCCCUCCGUCACUCAAGCCGGAUUCGACUCAACUGGAGCUCGCCAGUGACAUCAGUACUCGGCACUUGGGAUCUCCCUUGAUGUCCUCCAGGUCACUUCUAGACUCGAGCAGGCCACGCAUGUGACCAGUAGUAUCCACAACCAUGACAAGAGGGUGUACUGGAUGUGGUUUAAGACUGUUGAAUUUAGACUUGGUUUAAGACCACGUUUGUUGAAUUUAGACCAGGUUUAAGACUGUUCAAUUGAAAUCGUAUGAAAGGGCUUGUUUGUUCAUGUUAGAGCAGGUUUAAAACUAUGUUGAUGUUAGACCGGGGUUAAGACUGCGUUUAAAUCGUAUUUAUUGGACGAGGCUGGGUUUCAAGAUGAAGCUGACGAAUGUUUGAGGCCAGAUGAACUGAAAACCAGGUUUAAGACUGUUCAAUGAGGUCCUGAUUGAGGUGAGGGCUUGCUGUGGGCAGGGUUUAAUACGAGGUGUAAACCUGUGGUUCGGACGGGUUUCACGGGAUCUUGGGUUAGACUGGGAUUAUGUUGCGGUGUUGCACUUUAAAUAAAAGCCAAUAGUUUGA